AAAUAAGAGGUGAAUUUACAACGAUGAAUAUCAUAUUUAACAAGUCUAAUCAUUGAUAUACUUGUAUAAGUAUUGUAUAAUUGUCUAAGCUGCAUUAGCAAACUUCUUGUCAUAUAGUUCAGAACCACAUCUUUACAUUCUCAUGUAGAAAAGGAAAGUUGGACAGCUCUUUGUCAUUUCUAAAUGUAUAAAUCUCAAACAAUAAGCUCUUUGUAUAUUGAUAAUGGCAGAAAAUAUGAGGUCAUGCUUCUGUUUGUGUGUGUCGGAUUAUAGACGCGUCACGUGAGCAUUAUGAUCCGAUUGCUAUCAGAGAGGCGGGGCCUAGCAUCGACUGACAGCCUCCCUGACCAAAGACACUGCGACCCAACAGCGCUCGACCAAUCAGAGCGGGGGUGACAGCAGCCAGGGGGCGGGAUACAGCGUUGUGAUUGGCUGAAGCGCGCUCCUCACAGCCAUCUUUCCGUCCCUUCCUUUCCUUUCCUGAAAUCCGAAUCGAACGAAUGUUGUUAGUCAGAAUUCAGUUUCUUAUUCUGAAUUCCUCUCCACUGUAACGGAUCAUUCCCGUGUAUCCAGACAGAGAUGUCCCGCGGUCGGAGGAGCACGCACUUCUGGAGCGAGGAGGAGACGGACCUGCUCCUGCAGACGCUGAAGCAGAUGAACAUCGACCGCUACACCGACGGACGCAAGCACCGCAACAGCCUGAUCUUCCGCAAGGUGUGCGCGAGGCACCGGGAGGCGGGGUUCGCGCGCUCCUGCGACCAGGUCAAGCACCGCUGGAAGACCCUCAAGGCCAUCUACUACAAGGCCAAGAGACAGUGCAGCGGCUCCAGCUUCAGGCACUUCGACACGAUGGAGGAGAUCUUCGGACACAGGCCUCUGGUGCUCCACACGACCCCCGACAGCGGGGACGAGCAGAGACACGAGCGCGCGCUCCCCGACAGCAGGGACGAACAGAGACACGGGCGCGCGCCCCACGACAGCAGGGACGAGCAGAGACACGGGCGCGCGCCCCACGACAGCAGGGACGAGGAGGAGGAAGAGGAAGAAGAUGAGGAAGAGGAGGAUGAUGUGCUGGAGGAGGUGGAGGGGGGGGUUCAGGAGCUCCAGUCAGUGAAGAUGGAGGACGAGCCGCUGGUCCUCACACAAGCAUCACACGAGAGCUCCAGCACGUCCACAGAGAGCCCCAGCGCCGCUCCAGGUGUGCUGAAGCGCAGACGCUCGUGUUGUGCCGGGCUGCACAGUCAGUAUCAGGGCUUUCUGGAGAGACUGCAGCAGACGCAGAACGCCUGGCUGGAGCAGCAGCUGGAGCAGAGUCACGUCCGAGAGGAACGUCUGGUGACCCAGGUGCUGGCCGAACACACACGCUCCAUGGAGGCGUUGGUCAACCAGCUGUUCGCAGGCCUGAGGAGCCUCCUGCCCCCGUCCUGUCCCCAUCCCCAGACAUCAGCCCUGCAGAGCAGCACUCCUGAAUCCUGAAUCACACACACCAGACUCACACUCUUCAUCCUGACGCUUUCUCAGAGAUCGCUUCAAUCACACACACCAGACUCACACUCUUCAUCUUGACCCUUUCUCAGAGAACAUAUUCAGUAGUCCUGGACUGAUAUGGUAAAGGUAGUGAUAACUAGAGAUGGGCUUAUCGAUCCUAAAAUAUCACAAUAUAGCGAUAUUGAUGCAAAUAUUGGAAGUAUCGAUUUUCAAAUGUAUUUUAUUUACCAGUUACUUUGUUUCGGUUUAACUACAGUAUUUGUAGAUUUCCACUACAGUAAAUUAUACAGCUCUAUAGUAAACCUUUUUCAACCGUGUGUAACAGGGAUGGGGUGAUAAGGACAAAUAUAUCACGAUAAUUUCUGGUAUUUAUUGUGAUUUAAUGAUAUCAGUGAUGAUAAUUCAGGGCAUUAUAUGCAUCCAUGACAAAAAUAACAAAACAAUCCUGUUUCUUUAGAGAAAAGUAUUAUCUUUUCUAUUUUUACCAAAACAAUGGUGUUGUUAUGGAGUACACACGUAAUGUAAUUGGGAUAGAGUAUUGUUAUAAUUUUAUUGAUUCUGAUUGAGAAUCCGCAUAUCGAUUACAAUUCUUUACUGUUCCCAGUUUCAAUUCCAGUGUGAUUAAAUAAUGCUAUCAAACAUUUA